AACAUCUGUUAUCUGUCAUCAUCUUAACUUCGCUUCUCUUCACAGACGAAUCCCACAUGAUGGACGUUGGGUGCCGGAGGUUUCAUGUGAUUGUGUUUGCUGUGUCUCCUCACGCAGGCUGGAAGGAACAGAGGACAAGUUCAGGAACAGAGAGAGUCGUCCUGAAGACCUGCAGAUCAUCGCAGAGCUGAGAGACAUGGUCUCCGAGAGGGAGUCUCUGGUCAAGAAACUGGUGGACGAUAAGAAGUUCUACCAGCUGGAACUCGUCAACCGGGAGACCAACUUCAACAAAGUGUUCAACGCCAGCCCCAACGUAGGAGUUAUCAACCCGCUCAUCAAGCAAAAGAAAAAGAAUGAGAAAACAGCCGCCAGCAGAUUGAGCAGCUCUCCUAAUCUCAGGGCUCUGGAGGCGGCGGGCAUGGGCGUGGUGGGCACCGGGAGCGGGCUGCCCCCGCAGCCCCCGCAUCCCCCGCCCCCGCCCCCAGCCCAGCCCGGCCGUCUAGAGCCCCUCCCCAACUCCCCCCUCCACCACCUUGAGUUCAACUCCAACAAACCUCUUCCCCCGCCGACCCCUCCCACCGAACCCAAGAAAUUCAUGAGCCCUCCUGAAACUAAGAACGCCACCAUCGACUCCCCGGACGCUCAGCGCCAGGAGUGGUUCGCUCAAUACUUUUCCUUUUGAUUGACCACGAACCUGCAAACACGAGGAUUCAGCAUGUCGACCAAACUUAAGAAAAAAAGAGAAUAAAAACAGAAAAAAAGAGAAAAACUGUUAAAACUAUUUGUUCUUUCUUGUCAUUGAUUUGGGAUCAAUUCACUUUGGAUUCAGUCAACUGAAGGUGUCGCUGUGAGAGGAUGAAUGAUUAUUGAUCAUCCGUCUGUCAACGAGCCGCACAGAACCUGACGUCAUUCGUUUUCGCCCCGGUAGAAAUGAUGAUCCACUUCCUGUGGUUGGCUGAAGGUGAAGGUGAAUUGAACCUGACGUCAUCACUGAUCUGAUUCAACUGCUUGAUUCUAUCUGAUUGUUUCACUGUGGACGAGUUUCUCUCUUAGUUACAGUGACAUCAGUACGUUCGAUGUUUAUUUCAUUUCUUUACUUCUCAGUUUAUUUUGCAGUUUCUUUGGACUAGAGAAUAAAACGAGUGGUGCAUCAUCAUGCUGCUAAUUGCCAUUGUUGGACUAAGAAGUAUAUAUAUAUUUAAAUAUAUAUAUAUGUAUAUGUAUAUAUAUAUAUAUACAUAUAUAUAUAAAUAUAUAAAGAAAUCUAUGGUAGGUUAUUGUGCUCUCUCUGUACGUGCAUACAGCGUGUCAGAGCUGGACGUCUGAUCCAGGACCAGCUCGCCUCCUCAUUCCCGGCGACAUUUCACACGGGCCUGACCCUGGAUCAGCUGCAGAGCUCUGACCUGCUCCAUGAGUUAGGACGAAACCAUCAUGGCCAGUUUGUUACAGCUGCAUAGAAGUUUCAGCAGAUUUUGGUAGAAUAUUAAAACCUGUUUGUAUGGUUGUCUGUCUCAACACAGAUAUAAUGAUGUCUCACCAAUUUUAAAAACAAAAAUAGCAUAUUUUAUAUUUAUAUUAUAAUGUGUAUGCUUAAUAAAUAAUUAUUGUGACAUUU